AUGCCCACCACGCGUGUUCCAUGCGAUCAAUGCCGACACCGUCGGGUUCGCUGCGACGGCACCACGCCUUGCCUCCACUGCCAGCGGUCCGGGCUGUCGUGUCGCCGGGACUACGUCCGCAAGCGUCGCGGCCCGAAAUACGGCAGUGGAAUGAAGAUUGCGGCGCUGAGAGCUGCAGAGUCGUUGGAACGCGCUCUUGCUGGGACGGCGCUCCAGCCAGCAUCAAAUAUCGCCAAUAUCACCGAUCGACGACAGCAGCCGCAGCAGGAGGCGCGGCCACCGUUGGAUGCGUGCAGUGGCAAUGACUUCUCCGAACAGGUAUUGCCGCUGGUGAAGCGAUGUGUUCGAGUGUACUUGCACCACAUGUACCCCAUCAUGCCCAUCAUCCGGCCAGCUGAGCUCCACGCGAUGCUCGAUCGGCCGCGGAAAGCCAACGAGACCAGUAUGCUCCUCGCAUUGUGCGCCUUGGUGACCACGUUCAUGUGCGGCCGCAGCGAGUCCAUCCUGGGGGACGAUCAAUGGCGGCCCGUUGCUCAAUAUUUCCUGGGAGAGAGCAUCGCGCUGCGGUCCUGCUACGGCCAUAUCGAGGACGACUCGGUUUUUACUCUGCUGGCAUCCUUCUUCGUGUCCACGGCCUACUUUGAACUGCACUAUGUCCGUCUGUGCUGGUUCUAUCUGCGUGAGGCGAUUACGCUUGCUCAGGGGCUGGGACUGCAUACCGAGGAGUUCUACCUGCAAUUUGACAAUGUUGAGGCUCUCUACUACCGGCGGAUCUACUACAUACUCUUUAUCACGGAGAGGUCAUUCGCAAUAUCGCAGCACAAACCCGUUCUCUUGACGCAACCCCUUCCUCUCCCCAUCGGGGCUCCAGAAGACGAGCGGUCGGAGAUCGACGUGGGCUUCCGGCAGCUUAUCCAAACCUACUCCCAGCUUGACGUGGAUUUUAUCAAUUUUUGGAGUCGGUUCGGCUCCGCAUUGUCAGCGCCUUCCAGCCUUCUUCGACCGCUGGACGCACUCCAUCUGGAGCCUGUCCCGCACGGGACGGAUGGUGUAUCAGACACCCAAAAAGUCGACAUCCUUGUCACCCGGCACUGGCUGCAACUGGUCUACUGGAAAAGCGCCCUCCAUCACUCGCUGCUGUCAAGUGCGGCGCAAACACGAUCCAUGACCUUUGCUUACCCGGAGGACAUUGCUCUCUCACUAUUGCGGGUUCUAUCCUCGGUAUCUACCGAGUCCAUCGAAGUUCACGGACUGGGAAUUUUUGAGAAAAUCUUCGACAUCGGCAGCGUAUUGGCCGAUAUCAUUCACUGUUCCAUUAAACUAACCGGUCAAACGUGUGUCGUCUCGCAAAAUAUGGACCGACUCGACGCCAUCCUGCAACACCUCUAUCUCACGCCCAACUCUCGCGCAAAAUAUGCACAGGCCCUGCAGCCAAGGGUAUCUAGCUGUUUUCUUCUCUGCACAAACAACAUACCCAUCGGCCUCACAUGCCAUUCCCCUGGCGCAAGGGUUUUGGAAGAACUAGAGGAAGGUGAUCCAGCGUAG